GCGGGAUGGCGGCCGCUGCGGCGGACGAGGCGGCGGCGGGCGACGUGCAGCGGCUGCUGGUGCAGUUCCAGGAUGAAGGCGGGCAGGUGCUGGGCUCCCCGUUCGACGUGCCGGUGGACAUCACCCCGGACAAGCUGCAGCUCGUGUGCAACGCGCUGCUGGCCCAGGAGGAUCCCCUGCCACUGGCUUUCUAUGUCCACGAUGCUGAGAUCAUCUCGUCACUGGGGAAGACGCUGGAGUCACAGGCAGUGGAGACAGAGAAGGUCCUUGACAUCAUCUACCAGCCACAGGCCAUCUUCAGGGUCCGUGCUGUGACCCGUUGCACCAGCUCUUUGGAAGGUCACAGCGAGGCGGUCAUUUCUGUGGCCUUCAGCCCCACAGGAAAGUACCUGGCCAGUGGCUCCGGAGACACCACUGUGCGCUUCUGGGAUCUCAGCACCGAGACACCGCAUUUCACAUGCCAGGGACACAGACACUGGGUGCUUAGCAUAUCCUGGUCCCCAGACGGCAAGAAGCUGGCCUCAGGCUGCAAGAAUGGCCAGAUUCUCCUGUGGGACCCAGGCACAGGGAAGCAGGUGGGCAGGCCCCUUGCUGGCCACAGCAAGUGGAUCACAGGCCUGAGCUGGGAGCCCCUCCAUGCGAACCCAGAGUGCCGCUACGUGGCCAGUAGCUCUAAGGAUGGCAGUGUGCGGGUCUGGGAUACGACUGUGGGCCGCUGUGAGCGCAUCCUCACCGGGCAUACGCAGUCAGUCACCUGUCUUCGGUGGGGAGGGGACGGCCUUCUCUACUCUGCCUCCCAGGACCGCACCAUCAAAGUCUGGAGGGCUCAUGAUGGUGUGCUGUGCCGAACUCUGCAAGGCCACGGCCACUGGGUGAAUACCAUGGCGCUCAGCACUGACUACGCCCUGCGCACAGGAGCCUUUGAGCCAGCUGAGGCCUCAGUGAAUGCCCAAGACCUCCAGGGGUCCUUGCAGGAGUUGAAGGACAGGGCUCAGAGGCGAUACAACCUUGUGCGGGGCCAGGGCCCAGAGAGGCUGGUGUCUGGCUCAGACGACUUCACCUUGUUCCUGUGGUUCCCAGCAGAGGACAAGAAGCCCCUUGCACGGAUGACGGGACACCAAGCCCUCAUCAACCAGGUGCUCUUCUCCCCCGACUCCCGCAUUGUCGCCAGUGCCUCCUUCGACAAGUCCAUCAAACUAUGGGACGGCAGGACGGGCAAGUACCUGGCUUCCCUGCGUGGCCACGUGGCCGCUGUGUACCAGAUCGCAUGGUCAGCCGACAGCCGGCUCCUGGUCAGCGGCAGCAGUGACAGCACACUGAAGGUGUGGGAUGUGAAGGCCCAGAAGCUGGCCGCGGACCUGCCAGGCCACGCGGAUGAGGUAUAUGCUGUUGACUGGAGUCCGGAUGGCCAGAGGGUGGCAAGUGGUGGAAAGGACAAAUGCCUCCGGAUAUGGAGAAGUUGAAAAAUCCCAAGUUCUUGGGGACCUCCACCUGCACUUGCCUCUGCCAGCUGCCUGCCCCGACACAGACCAAAGGUCAACAUGGUGACUCUGCUAACAAGCAUGGCCUGCUGUCCUUCGGGUCCAGUGGGGUCCCUCCCCAGAGCCAGAGAGCGGAGGUCCCGAGGGACUACCAGUGAGCUCAGCCCUUGGCCAUCCCAUCGCUGGUGGGGGGGGCCAGGCUAUGGAGCCCUGCUGCUGCCCCUUUUCCUUUCCUAAAUGUUCUUUCUAUUCAGUGUCAGACCCGAGAUUCUGUGACCAAAUAAAUCGCUUCUAUUUUGUGUA